GUCACUUAAAGCACCACUGCAAAGCAUGUAAAAACCCUAACAAAAACUAUUCCAAAAAACAAGCCUUUUCCCUUUCACAUGAACCCCAUAUAUUAAAACACUCUCUCCCUUUCAUCUCAAAACCAGCUAAAACUUUCUUGUUCAAACCUUUGUCACAAUGGCUAACAAAGUGAUCGGUGCGCUUGUAUGUCUUGUUAUCAUUGCAUUGGAUAUAACUGCGGGCAUUCUUGGGAUCCGAGCGGAAGCAGCCCAAAACCAGGAGAAGCAUUUGAGGUUGUGGUUGUUUGAGUGCAAAGAACCAAGCCAUGAAGCGUAUAGGCUAGGGUUGGCUGCCAUUGUGCUCUUGAUUGCAGCCCAUGUGUUAGCCAACUUGCUUAGUGGGUGCGCCGUUUGUAGCCAUGAUGAAGUCCAAAAAGCUUCUCUUGGGAGGCAAUUGUCAUUGCUAUCCCUGUUCUUUACAUGGGUAAUCCUUGCCGUUGGAUUGGGGAUGCUGGUGAUCGGGACAAAAGCAAACAGCAAAUCAAAUGCUUCAUGUGGACUUUCGCAUCAUCGUUUCCUUUCGAUUGGAGGGAUAUUGUGUUUCGUUCAUAGCCUCUUUUCUAUCGCUUAUUACGUUACUGCCACUGCUUCAAUCCACUGAAAAGUCAAAAAAGAUAGAAAUUGCUUUUUGACUUUUAACCCCAAAAUCAUCCAUCUUUUGCUCAGCUCAGUCCAUGGGUCCCUUUCGUAUUCCUGUGAAUGUUGUCUGAUUUACACCUUUCUAGCUAGUUUCGAGUCUAUUGGAAAUUUCAGUCUUUGAAGGAGAAAAAGGUAAUUAAUUUGACAUCAUUCAUAGUAUGUUAAAAUGUUUGCUAUUUGAUUUAGUUUGAAUUUGGAAAUUAUUGUGUAUCAUAUUUAACGGUGUUAAAUUCCAUUUAUGAAUCUUGAGUUCAAACUUAUAGUGAA